CCUUUUUUAGGGGCUUAGGGCUUGGCUAUGGCGGACGAUCGCGCGCUCUUGUGCUGCUCCUUCAACCAAGAUCGCAGCUGCUUCUCUGUUGGAACCAGCGAAGGAUACAAGAUUUUCAAUUGCGACACUUGUAGUUGCGUCUACGAGAAACUCGAUGGAGCUGUGAAUCUCAUCGAGAUGUUUUUCACGACGAGUCUCUUGGCUUUGGUUGGAGCUGGCAAACAGCCUGAGCUAUCGCCUCGAAGGCUCUUUAUUUUAAACACAGCAACGCAAGUGAAGCGUGCAGUGGAUUUCGUUUCAUCGGUUCUGGCCGUGCGUUGGAACAAGAAACGGAUAGUUAUUGUUUUGGAUAGGAAGGUCCACAUUAACGAGCUUCCUCACUUGAAUUGCCUCCAGAUCCUUGACACUGCUGAAAACAGGAAAGGCGUCUGUGCGUUUUCUUCCAACACAGAGAAUUGCUACCUUGCAUUACCAGCGAGCUCUACAACAGGGACGGUGUUUGUGUAUGACACUCUACACUUGAACGCAUUGGGCGAAUUUCAAGCUCACAAAUCGCCCCUGGCUGCCAUGGCAUUCACCCCAGACGGUUUGCUCCUCGCAACAGCAUCAGAUCAUGGGACAGUAAUUCGUGUCCAUGUUAUUCCGCAAGCAAGCAAGGCAUUUACCUUUCGAAGAGGGAGCUACGCAGCUACGAUAUAUUCAUUGUCGUUUGGGCCGCAGUCUCUGUCUCCCCAGUUGCUGGCUGCCACGAGCUCAUCAGGAACGCUACAUGUUUUCAGGCUUUGCUCGCCUCCUGCAAGACAAGGAACGAAUAAGAGGGUCUCGGAUCUUCUGGCGGCAGUGAUCCCAGAAACUGUAAGCGACAUUGUGGAACCGGAUCUUCAUUUUGCCACUGUGAGGCACGGCUUCAGUCCAGGAGUUAAAAGUAUUUGUGCAAUAGCAGCACCACUAGAGGAAGAGUUACCAUCUUCUUCAUCAGCAGACAGGGCACGAAUCUUUGUGGUUACUUUGAAUGGGUUUUUCAAUGAAUAUCAGGUGAGUAGCACUCCAAAUGGAGGAGUGUGUUCCUUGGAGCGUGAGUGUAGCCUCAUGACAACUGGCUCUGAUCAGAUAUCUGCACGCUUUGUCUGAAUGUGAGAAUGUUCUAUUCUUUACACAUGUACAAUGUUAUGCUCAUUAAAUUAAAAAUUGUUAAUUGCUUUACUA